CAGAUGGAUCUGGACGAGGAAGAUGUUUUCUUUCUCUCGUUGUCCGAAUCACCACUCUCCUUCUCACUUGGCCUUGUGCUGUCGCUCCUUUUUCUUGUCGUGACUACACUCAUUGGAUAGACCAAACACUCUUUUAUUCCUGCUGGCCAGCUGAAUGAAGCCGAAAUGUACAUCCGGUCGACUCUCCUUCCCAUCCUAGGCCUCUCGGCCACCGGCAUGGCCGCCUACGUCCUCGAAGACGACUACGGCACCUCGACCUCUUUCUUCGACAAAUUCUCUUUCUUCACUGCCCCCGACCCAACCGGCGGCUUCGUCUCAUACGUCGACCGCAACACCGCGCAGAGUGCCGGCCUGAUCUCUGCCAACGGCGCCAUUUACAUGGGCGUAGACCAUACCAACGUCGCCAGCAGCAGCGGCCGGAUGAGCGUCCGCCUCACCAGCACAAAGAGCUACACGCACGGCCUCAUCAUCUUGGACCUGGCGCACAUGCCAGGCGGUAUCUGCGGCACCUGGCCUGCCUUCUGGAUGGUCGGGCCCGACUGGCCCUCCCACGGCGAAAUCGACAUCAUCGAGGGCGUCAACACCCAAGCCACCAACCAGAUGACCCUCCACUCCACGGACGGCUGCUCCAUCGCCAACGGCGGCUUCACCGGCACCUUGCUCACAAGCAACUGCUACGACUACGCCCCCGGCCAAGACACCAACGCAGGCUGCGGCAUCGCAGCCACCUCGAGCUCCACCUACGGGACGGGGUUCAACAACGCCGGCGGCGGCGUCUACGCAACGGAGUGGACCUCCGCGGGUAUCAGCAUCUGGUUCUUCCCUCGUGGAUCUACGCCCCUGGAUAUCCGAGCUGGCACGCCCAACCCGACGAACUGGGGAACGCCGCUCGCCAAGUUCGCCCCGGGCAGCUGUGACUUUGAUGCGCAUUUUAGCGAGAUGCAGAUUGUCUUCGACACGACGUUCUGCGGCGGCUGGGCAGGCGCUGUCUGGGGCUCGGGUAGCUGUGCGUCCGUGGCCUCCUCGUGCCAGGAUUUCGUCGCGAAUAACCCCUCUGCGUUUCAGGGGCGUACUGGCUCAUCAGUUCGCUCAAGGUGUAUCAGAAUGCGCCUGGGGCGAGUAGGAUGAGGAAGAAUGCCACUGACCAUCUGCAUGCGCAGUCGCCUUGGGAGGGUGGCAGGCGCCAUCCUGGUCAGCAUGGUCGUGGUCUUUGAGCUUGAUGUUGAGAGUGUGAUUGGGGAAAGCUGUGUAUAUUUGUAUGAGUAUAGACCCUGUUUAUAAGUGUAGGUUAUAGUUUGGAGGCCUGACGUACAUGUGUUUCAUCUCUGUUAUGUACUUACAUUGUUACAUUUAGAUUUCAUAAAUAUGCAAUGAGCUAUCGGU